AGUCAGGAGGUUGCGUUUUAUAACAUGUCUUUUUUAUUUGUCCUCUUGUCUUUUCUUCUGCUCGAGCCAAAUCCAUUUGCACUCAGUUUUGCUUCACAGGGCAGGUGAGAAAGCAGCUGAAGGGAGGAGGGAUCGUACACUGUUAGCCCAGCAUUGGAUGUUUCCAGAGAGGGAGUGGACUGUGGUUUCUCUCUCUCUCUCCUCCUCUCUUUCUUUCUCCGUCUCCAUCACUAUGGAGGAAAAGCACACAGGCAGUGGAAGCAUGCAUGAGCUCAGGGCGUUAAAACAAAAAAGCACAGCGUCUGUCUUUCUGGAGACCUGAAGAUCCGUUAUAGUGAUGAGCGUGCGAGAGAGGCUGAGCGGGACACGUUACCAGGGAGACGACGGUGAUGAUGAUGAUGAUGAAAUGCACUAGCGUCUCGUAUGGCACGUUUCCUCAAGUCUGAAGGAACUUAAAAAGCUGUUAUGCCAGCUCCUGCCACUCAGGAGAACAUCAUGAAGUCCCAGCAGAAGUGUAUUGCUGUGUUUGCACUGGUUUGCUGCUUUGCUGUCCUGGUGGCUCUGAUAUUCUCUGCUGUGGACGUUUGGGGCGAGGAUGAGGAUGGUGUCACUGAGGAAAACUGCAGCAGAAAUUGCCGCAUUGUCCUUGUGGAGAACAUCCCAGGAGAGCUGUCGUUCAAUAGUUCGUCUCAUCUCCCGCUUACUGUGGGUCUCAACCACCUUUUGGACCAAGCCAAACUGUCAGUUGAGAUAGUAUCUCCAUACUGGGCUCUGACCUCCACCGAUCAGGGGGCACGGGUUUACACUUCCUAUCAGGGUCAAUAUUUGUUUCAGAGAUUGUUAAGCCUGAAGUCUCGAGGUGUCAAAUUAAAGGUUGUCAGUGACCAACCCAACUCCACUGAGCUGAAGAGCAUGGCUGAUCGCUAUGCCGAAGUUCGCUAUGUCAACAUGACGGCCCUCACCAGAGGACGACUGCUUUCCUCCUUUUGGGUCGUGGACAGGAAGCACAUUUACAUCGGCAGUGCUGGAAUGAACUGGAAGGCUCUGUCCAAGCUGAAGGAGCUGGGGAUCAUAGUGUAUGACUGCAGUUGUCUGGCUAUGGACCUGCACAGGAUCUUUUCUUUCUACUGGCAGCUGCAGUACAGGGACUACAUCCCUUCAAUCUGGUCCAAGAGAGUCACAGCCGUGUACAGCCGAGACGAGCCGCUCCAGCUCACACUCAACAAUACAGACGCUUCUGCCUAUGUGUCGACGUCACCAGAGCUGUUUUGCCCGAAGGGUCGGAGUCGAGAUAUAGAUGCUAUACGACAUGUGAUCCGAGAAGCGAAGAGAUACAUUUACAUCUCUGUAACUGAUUACCUGCCCUUAGUCAACCGGAGCUUUAGAGGAUCAGCAAUCAUAAGGUACUGGUCGCCAAUAGAUGAGAUGCUCCGCGAGGCUGCAGUACUGAAAGAGGUCAAAGUUCGUCUUUUAAUCAGUCUGUGGACUCGAACACAUCCGCUGACCUUUAACUUUAUGACAUCAAUGCAGGCUUUGUGCACAGGACUGCCAGUCUGCUCUAUUGAGGUGAGAUUUUACAGAGGCAAGGAGCAGAUGGGCGGAUUUCAGCACAGGAUGAAUGAGAAUAAAUUUGUGGUAACAGACAACGCAGUGUACAUUGGAAAUCUGGACUGGGUUGGCAGUGAGUUUGCCUUCAAUGCAGGAGCUGGGCUGGUGUUUCAGGAACCAGAGAACCAGCAGGACGGACGAGACUCGAUUGUAGAGCAGCUGACGGCUGCUUUUGAAAGAGAUUGGUUUUCACCCUACACAAUAAGCCUGCUCUCUGGCAGCACAACCUUACAGGAGAGCCAACAUGGGAAGCAGAAACUGCAAAGUCUGAAGACAAAAACAGAAAGCAGAGAGCAUGAGUGAGUUUCUCUGCGGGAGUUUCUCUCUCAAGCGGGACCAAUAAGCCAAGGACUUUGUGCCUCAGAACAUCUGCGCCAUGACUCUUACCAUUUGAAUUUUCAAAUGCUAUCGAUGGAACUGAAUUUUAAUCUCUGAAGGACUUCUGUGAAGGAAACUUUCGUUUUGACAUCUAAAUACAGCACUUUCAAUGUAAAACUUUACUCUUACACUCAAUGGUUAUAUAUAAUGCAUGCUUAUUUAGAUAAGCAAACCUGAGAACUGUGGAAAUGUACUCCGAUAUUCAGACUUUGCUCAUUUUAAACCAAAAUAUUCAACUACCGUGGGAAUUUUUUCAGAGAAAGAACAUUGCCAAAAUUUUAUAGUCAUGCAAGUUUGUGUUUGUUUGUUUUUUUCCAAGAUGUUUAUUAAUCAUCAUUUUUUAAGAAUUAAGCACAUUUUUACUGAAAGAGAUUUUGAAGAACAAAUGCCAAAGCACACUGCGGCCUCAUACUGUAGCUGUCAUUGCUUUCUGUUUGAUUCAGCCUGAUCUCAUAAGCAAACGUAACUAUUGUACGGAUUGGCCAGCCUGAUCUCAUGAGAAAACGUAACUUUUUUCCCAAUUUUUUGGCUAAUUUGUACGAAUUUGCAUGAAAACAUAUGCCUUUUUAAAAGUAGGUGUGGCACCAAACCCUGCUCCUAAACCCAAAGAUCAUUGGGGGAUGACCAAAUCGUACUAAAAUGUCAAAAUCAUACCUAUUAGCCACUAAAUUAAAAAAAGUUUCGAAUUGAGUUAAAACAGCAUUGAAUUGUCAGAAUAGUGGCUAAUUCAAUAGAAUACAUACAAUCUAAAUGCAUUACUUACCAUACAAAGUUACUGAGUAACACAACUAGUUACUUUUUGGAGGAGUAACUUAAUAUUGAAAUGCAUUACUCAUCAUAAAAAGUAACUAAGUAACGCAACUAGUUCAUACAAUUUAAUUUGUAUGAAAACCUGGGAUUUUUUUUAAAGGAGGCGUGCUCCCGUUUUAGUUUUUCCAGGGUCAAUAAAGUAGAUAAGGCACCAAACCUGGCCCCUAAACCCAACCGUCAAUGGGGAUAAGCAAAUCAUACUAAAAUGUACAAAUAAAAUUGUAAAAAUUCAUACAAAUCAGCCACUAAAUCAAAAAAGUUACCAAUUGUCAUAAUAUAAUGUUGGACUGUCAAAAAAAAUGACUAAUUCGUACAAAUACAGACUAUUUAUUUUGCAUGAAAACUCGGCGUGCUCCCAAACUCUAACCCAGUGCUCCAAGCUCCAAAAUCCCAACCCUACACAGAGCUGUCAUUGAAGGAUAAGCAAUUCAUACUAAAAUGUAUGAAUGAGAUCAUACUAGGAAUGCACCGAAUUACUGAAAAUUGUUUUCAGUUUUUCAGGGUCAAUAAAGUAGGUGUGUCUCAAAAUCCCACCCCUUAACCCAACCGUCAUUGGGGUUAAGUAAAUUGCACUAAAAUGUAUGAAUGUGAUCAUACAAAUUCAUGCGAUUCAGCCACUAUAUCAAAAAGUUACCAAUUGCCAUGAGAUAGCGUUGAAUUGUCAGACAAGUGGCUAAUUCACAUGAAUACAUACAAUUUAAUUUGUAUAAAAACUUGAGGAGCCGUGCUCCCAAACCCCACCUCUAAACCCAUCUGUCAUUGAAGGAUGAGCAAUUCAUACUAAAAUGUAUUAAUGAGAUCAUGCUGGGAAUACACCGAAUUACUGAUCAUUAUAGGCCGAAAAUGGCAUUUUUGUUUUUGCACGGUCAAUAGAGUAGGUGUGGCACCAAACCCCACCCCUAAACCCAAUUGAUCAUACAAACUCAUACAAAUUAGCCACUAAAUCAAAAAGUUAUGACCUGCCAUGGGAUAGCGUUGGAUUGUCAAAAAAGUGGCUAAUUCGUACGAAUACUUGCAAUAAAGUUCAAUUAACAAUUCAAUUUGAAUGAAAACUUUUUUUAAAAGGAGGCGUGCUCCCAUUUUUGUUUUUCCAGAGUCAAUAAAGCAGAUGGGGCACCAAACCCCGGCCCUAAACCCAACUGUCUUUGGGGAUGAGCAAAUCAUACUAAACUUUACAAAUAAAAUUGUACAAAUUCAUACAAAUUAGCCACUAAAUCUAAAAGUUACCAAUUGUCGUGAUAUAAUGUUGGAUUAUCAGAACAGUGGCUAAUUCAUUCAAAUGCACACAAUUUAUUUUGUAUGAAACUGGGUGUGCUCCCAAACUCCAACCCAGUGCUCCAAGCUCCCAAACUCCAACCCUAAACAGAGCUGUCAUUGAAGGAUGAGCACUUCAUAGUAAAAUGUAUGAAUGAGAUCAUACUAGGAAUGCACUGAAUUACUGAAAAUUAUUGGCCGAAAAUGGCAUUUUCAUUUUUUCAGGAUCAAUAAAGUAGGUGUGGCACAAAUUCCCACUGCUUAACCCAACUGUCAUUGAGGAUGAGUAAAUUGCACUAAAAUGUAAAUGUGAUCAUGCAUACUCAUGCGAUUUAGCCACUUUAUCAAAAAGUUACCAAUUGCCGUGAGAUAGCAUUGGAUUGUCAGUGGCUAAUUCACACGAAUACAUACAAUUUCAUAUGCAUGAAAACUUGAGGGGCCGUGCUCCCAAACCCCACCUCUAAACCCAUCUGUCAUUGAAGGAUGAGCAAUUCAUACUAAAAUAAUUAUUGGCUGAAAAUGGCAUUUUUGGUUUUCGACGGUCAAUAAAGUAGGAAAACAAAAUCCCACCCCUAAACCCAACUGAUCAUACAAACUCAACUGAAUUAGCCACUAAAUCAAAAAGUUUCGAAUAGCCAUGGGAUAGCGUUGGAUUGUCAGUAAAGUGGCUAAUUCUUACAAAUACUUGCGAUACAGUUUAAUAAAUAAUUUAUAUUUGAAUUAAAACUUGCGAUUUUCCUUUUUUUUUUGUAAAAAGUGGCACGCUACCAAAUCCCACCCCUAAUUCUAACUGCCAUUAAGCAAUGAGCAAUUUAUACUGAAACAUAUGAAUAAGAUCAUACUAGGAAUGCACAGAGUAGCUGAAAAUUAACAACCAAAAAUGGCAAUUUCCUUUUUCACCAUCAAAGUUCAAAAUAGCUCAUUAUUCCACUAAUAUCUGUCGAUAUUACAUUCAUGAACCCAUUCUUAUCUAUGCAUGAAACGCACAUUCUCACCAGAAAAACUAAGUUUGCUCAAUUAACGUGCUGACAAGCUAUGAAGUACUUAAUCCUGCCACUUGCAAUAGAGCUACUGUGUUGUCAUGGCAACACUGGUAAAAUGACGCUCUGGAUAAAAUGGGGUUAUUUGAUUGGCUUGUGUUUUUUUAAGUCAGAAUAAUUAUUAACUUAAAUUAAAAAAUAAAAUAAAUUAUGUUAUUUAAUAAACAAUAAAAAAAUAUUUUCGUUUCCGUUUCGGCCCAGAAUUUUUCAUAUCGCUACAUCUUUAGAUCGUACAAACUCAUCUGAAUUACCAACUAAAUCAAAAAGUUACGAAUUGUUUUGAGAUUGCGUUGAUGUUUUAAUAUUAUGCCACAUCUGACACUGUGUGUGUAUAUAUACAUAUAUUUAUAAAUAUAUAAAAUGUUUACAUGAUGCAGCAUGCACAGCCUUGAGACAUAUGUACAAUCGUAUACACAAGAUAAGACUGUUUUACUCACCGAAUACUAACGCAAGCUUACACCCUUUAAAUGUAGCUUUUAUAUAUUAUCUUUUAACUGACUAUUUUAAUGGAACGCCGGUGUUUUUAUUAAACCAGUCGCUGCUGAUUGCAUCACAUAAUCUUAUAAAACAGGCCACAUGUGUUGCAUUGAUUUCUCAGUAGUCUGUGGCCUGAUGCUUUAGCAUGUUUUGCCUUAUAUAUGCUGCUAUAAACUGUAGCUGCUGUUGCUGUCUGAAUGACUACCUCUUAUGCAUCUUAUGAUAUACUGUAUACAUAUAUAAUAAAAAAGCUUGCUGCAGCAUGA